AUGAGUAGCAAAACUUUUGAAAUACUGCAUGAAAAAAAAAGAUUGAAGAUCACCAAUUAAGUAUUAGGUUAAGGAAGUUUUGGUACAGUUGUUUUUGCAGAACAUAUUGAAAAUAAAACAUAGUUUGCAAUUAAAAUAAUAAAAAUUGAUGGCGUGCUUGAUUAAGUUUCAGAGUAAUUAUUAUAGGAAGCUAAAGCGGAAGCAGAUUUUUUAAAGAAAUAAACUCACCCUAACAUAGUCAAGUAUGAAGACUCGUUCCAAAUAGGACUUCAUUACUUCAUAGUGAUGGAAAAAUGUGAAAAAAAUUUAUAAUAAGUUAUAGAUGAGUUUGAAAAAAGUUAAUCAUUUAUUUCAAAAGAGUAAUUCGUGAAUUAUGCUUGCCAAACGCUUUCUGCUAUAAAAUGUUUGCAUGAAUAAAAUUAUUUGCUUAGAGACUUAUCUUUAAAGAAUAUUUUGAUUGAUAGCUUCAAUUAAAUAAAGCUAUGCGAUUUUGGUUUAGUAAAAAAGAUUUAAGAUGAAAAAAACUCUAAAGCAUAUUAACAAUCUCAACCUAAGGGAGCUUUUUAUUAUUAUCCCCCAGAGUUAUUAUUUCAAGUACAUGAAUAAGAGGAUAAUAAAAAGAUAAUUUAGGAUUUCAAUGGAGAUAUUUGGGCUUUUGGAAUUUGCUUCUUUAAAUUGAGUGGAGGAAAUAUUAAUCUUCCAAAAUUAUAUAAUAAACAAGAGUUUUUAGAAAAAGAUAAACAAUAGCUUGAUGAAAAUUUGAAUCAAAUCCUUUUAUAAAUAUUAAAUUAUGAUAUUAAUUUGAGGCCUAAAAGCAUAUAAGAAAUAUUGUUGUAGUUUGAAAACAUAAAAAAAGAAAUGUGGACAGCUGAAUAAGCAUAAAUUCUGUUUAAAAGGUAUACAAAGGAAAAGAUAUCAAAUAAACUAUCAAAUGCAUUUGACCUCAUAACUAUUUGCUGCCAAAUCUCUUAAAAAAAUGAUAUUUUCUUGUUUUAGCAAGGGUACAUUCAAAGUCAGCUAAAAAUGUUUCAUGCAGCUAUAAAAUCCUAUUAAAACUGUCUAAAAGUGAAUCCAAAUUAACACAUUUGUUACUAUAAUAUAGGAAACGCAUAUCUUGAAAUUGGUUUGUUCGAUGAAGCUAUCAAAUCAUAUUAAGAAUGGCUAAAAUUCAAUCCAAAAAUUGAUUUUUUUGGUAAAUAUUAUCUUGGAAUAGCAUACUAAAACAACAAAAUGUUUAACGAAGCUAUAAAAAUGUUCUUAGAAUGUCUCUAAUUGGACCCUUAACACUUUAAUUGUAACUUAAAUUUAGGUUCUGCUUAUUAUAAAAUAGGAUAGAUGGAUGAGGCUAAAAAAUACUACUGUAAGUGUCAAAAAUUAAAUCAAAACGAUGAAAACAGCAGCAGCAGCAGCUUCAUUUGUUUAUACAAUUUAGGUAAUAUAUAUUACAGAUAGCAUAUGUACUUGGAAGCAAUAUAAAAAUAUAAUGAAUGUGAAAAUUUAUAUUCUAUUUUGAUAAAAAACUGUAAUUUAGAUGAAAAGUCAUUCUAUGAUUAAUGUCUAUAAAGUAGUUACUAUAAUUUAGGUUCUGCAUAUUUAAAAGUUAAAAAACAUUUAGAAUCCAUAAAAAAUUAUGAAAAAUGUAUUCAACUUAAUAAAAACCAUAAAAAUGCAAUGAAAUAAUUGUAAAAGUUAGCUCAAUAGAAUAUAGCAAAUUGA